CUUUCCUUCCCAAGCACCAGAGGAGGCCCCAGCUCCCGAGGGGCUAAGAAGCUGGAGCACCGGGGAGGGGGAAGAACUGAGCCAGACUUGGGCAAGACCCGCUCCCCCCACCAGGAAGUAUGAACAGGAAAGACAGUAAGAGCAGUUUACUGGUGGAGACCCGGCUACCUCAUUUUCUGGCUGUGUGACCUUAGGAGGAAACCGAAGCCCCGAGAAAUGAAGUGACUAGCACAGAGUCACACAGCCAACAUAAAUUUCUCUAACACCGCUUUGUGAAAGUCAAGGCCAUGCCACCCUGGAUUCUGCUGCCUCCUUCCUCCGCCACCCCUUGGCUCUCCAUUACCCUCUUUCCCCAACUGGAACACGAGCCUCAGGGAGGCACAAGGCAGAGCGAGGGUUAUUUUUAAACUUUCCUUGAAGCUGCCUCAGCCCCAGGGACCCUGCCCAGCUCUGAGGAGCCCUGGAAGUCCCACCAGGAAUGCCCAGCAAAGACAGGGGGGCGGGGCCGGCCCCGACAGGCCCGGCGCCACAAGACGUGCCCCAGCCCCCGGGAAAUCAGCAAGGUCAUGGCUUCCAUGGCUCUGGGCAUGCUGAAUGAGGGCGGCUGCAGCGAAGAUGAGCUGCUGGAGAAAUGCAUUCAGUCCUUCGACUCAGCUGGCAGCCUGCGCCGCGGGGACCACAUUCUCAACAUGGUACUGGCCAUGCACAGCUGGGUGCUGCCCUCCACCCACCUCGCUACCCGUCUGCUGACCUUGUACCAGGAGGCCACAGGGAACACACAGGAGCUGAAGCGGCUGCAGAUCUGUCACCUGGUCAGGUACUGGCUGACCCAACACCCUGAGACAGUGCAUCAAGAGCCUCAGUUAGAUGAAGUUAUAGGUCGCUUCUGGGCCACCGUGGCGCAGGAGGGCAACUCUGCCCAGAGGAGCCUGGGAGACUCCUCUAGCCUCCUGAGUCCCGGUGGCCCUGGCCCCCCGCCCCCUCUGAGCAGCCCAGGCCUCGGCAAAAAGCGCAAAGUGUCCUUGCUCUUCGACCACCUGGAGACGGGGGAGCUGGCUCAGCACCUGACUUACCUGGAGUUCCGGUCCUUCCAGGCCAUCACGCCCCAGGAUCUUCGGGGCUACGUUUUGCAGGGCUCCGUGCGGGGCUGCCCGGCCCUGGAGGGAUCCGUACGUCUCAGCAACAGCGUGUCGCGCUGGGUGCAGGUCAUGGUGCUGAGCCGUCCGGGGCCGGCACAGCGAGCGCAGGUGUUGGACAAGUUCAUCCACGUGGCACAGAGGCUUCACCAGCUACAGAAUUUCAACACACUGAUGGCGGUCACAGGGGGCCUGUGUCACAGUGCCAUCUCCAGACUCAAGGACUCCCAUGCUCACCUGAGCCCUGACAGCACCAAGGCCCUGCUAGAGCUGUCUGAGCUCCUUGCUGCCCACAACAACUAUGCCCGGUACCGCCGCACCUGGGCUGGCUGCACGGGCUUCCGGCUGCCAGUACUGGGCGUGCACCUCAAAGACCUGGUGUCCCUGCACGAGGCCCAGCCCGACAGGUUGCCCGACGGCCGCCUGCACCUACCCAAACUCAACAGCCUCUACCUGCGGCUGCAGGAGCUGGCAGCCCUUCAGAGGCAGCACCCGCCCUGCACUGCCAACGAGGACCUGCUGCAUCUGCUCACGCUUUCCCUGGAUCUCUUCUACACGGAGGAUGAGAUCUAUGAGCUUUCAUACGCCCGGGAGCCCCGCUGCCCCAAGAGUCUGCCACCCUCCCCCUUCAAAGCGCCCCUGGUGGUGGAGUGGGCCCCUGGCGUGACGCCCAAGCCCGACAGGGUCACCCUGGGUCAGCACGUGGAGCAGCUGGUGGAGUCUGUGUUCAAGAAUUACGACCCUGAAGGCCGAGGAACCAUUUCCCAGGAGGACUUUGAGCGAUUCUCGGGCAACUUCCCCUUCGCCUGCCAUGGCCUCCACCCACCGCCCCGCCAGGGGAAUGGCUCCUUCACCCGGGAAGAGCUGACGGCCUACUUGCUCCGGGCCAGCGCCAUCUGCUCCAAGCUGGGCCUGGCCUUCCUGCACAGCUUCCGAGAAGUCACCUUCCGCAAGCCCACCUUCUGUGACAGCUGCAGCGGCUUCCUCUGGGGCGUCACCAAGCAAGGCUACCGCUGUCAGGACUGCGGGCUGUGUUGCCACAAACACUGCAGAGACCGUGUGAAGGUGGAGUGUAAGAAGAGGCCAGGGGCCAAGGGCGAUGUGAGCCCCCCAGGAGCCCCUGGCCCACCCACACCAGCUCCCCACGCCAGCUGUGGCACGGAGGACAAUCUCUCCUAUACACUAUCCCUGGAGCCGGAGACUGGGUACCACGUUUGCCAUGCUUGGACUCAGACAGAGCCCCCACACCCUUCCUGGGAACCAGAACCAGAGACGCCAGUCCCAAGUCCUGUUAUUCGGCCUCCAGGGGACCUCCAAAGGCGUCGCCUCCUUUGCAUCCACACCCCCGUCAGCAAAGAGUUCGUGAUCUUCGGAAGUUUUCUUCUUUGGCAUGAGAGUGCCUACAAGCUGUACUCUAUCUUCCUGCACGUAGUGUCUGUGCGGUUUCAUGCUGCACGUUUGGACUUAAGCAUCAUCUCACCAAGCCCUUUCAUCUCCAUUUUACAGACGGGGAAACUGAGGCCCGGGGAGGUUAAGCUGCUCUCCAAGAUGGCAGAGCUUCUAAGUGUUGGAGGCAGGACUCGAACCCUGGUCUUCUGUCUGCCUCCAAAACAGAAGCUCCUUACCGAUGUGCCACACUGACAGCACAGGUCAGGAUGGGAGGGGAUAGGCUGGGCAGAGUUCCUAACUCUGGGACUCCAAGAGACAGGAGAGAAGGCUAGAGAUGGAACAGGGAGCGCAUGGACACCCGAGUCCCUCCCCUGCCCAGAGCCCUUCCGUGCCUCCGUCUUGCUCAGGGGCAAAGCCGGAGUCCUCACUGCGGCCCAGUUCCCACAGUCUAUUUCCAUCACCUUUGACCUCACCUACCACCACUCGUCCCUUACUCGUCCUGCUUCAGAUACACUGAACCCUAGGGUCCCUGAACGUGCCGAAAAUACUCUUACCUCAGGGCCUUUGCACUGGCUGUUCUCCCUGCCUGGAAUGCUCUUCCAGAGGCCCACAUGGCUCUCUCUUUGGGCCUUAACUCAAAUGUCACCUUCUCGGUGAGGGCCCCUCUGACCAUACUCGAAGUUGCAGUCCACCCCCAGUCCUGCUGCUGCCUUCCUGCUUUGUUUCUUCCCAAAGUCCCUUACCCAUCUGACACACGACACUUUUUUACCUGUGUAUCUUGCUGAAUGUUUGCUCCUCUUCGCCAGAGAUGACAACUCCAGGACAACAGAGGUUCUUAUAAUCUAUACUUUUCACUGCUGUCUUCCUGGUGCCUAGAACAGGGCUGGCACAUGGCAGGCACCUGAGAACUGUUUGUCCAAUGCCCGCUUGUCACCCUCCCCAUGCCCACAGGAUGGGAACGAUGUGUUGCUAAAGACCAAAGGACUAUGAGGGUCAGAGCAACAGGGAUCUGUUGAGACCCAGGGGACACAGACGCCCCUACCCCUUCUCAAUCCUGAGCACCUCAAUCCUGAACACAGAAACAGGUCCUAUAGCUGUCAUAAAUUAAAUUUAUUUUCCAGAGA